CUUCAGGUUUCUAGCAGGUUGAUGAAGAUGCAACAAGUGGAAUAGCAGUGACAAAAAAUGUAAAUGGACCUUCAAAUGGCUUCCAUUCCAAAUGUUUGUCGCCUGCUAUUGAGAAUCUACACAUUAGGAAGUUUGGUGGUUUCAGUUUGUAUCUGUUCACCACCCACCGUGAUAUCUGGAAUUGUGGAAGAAGAUGUCCUCUUACCGUGUGCCAUAAAAUAUGAAGAUGAAUUUGAUCUGAAAAAACUUAUUGUGAACUGGCAGACAGACAAUUAUACGGUUGUUCAUAGUUUCUUUUAUGGAGAAGAUCAUCCAGAAUAUCAGGGAAUUAUAUUUCAAGGACGAACCCAGAUGUUCCCACAAGAAUUUCCCAAAGGAAAUCUGUCUCUUUUAUUAAAGAGAUUAAAACUUUCUGAUUCUGGAAAAUAUGUUUGUUAUGUUUCUUUAAAAACUAUACAUGCAUCAUGGAUGGAUCUUUACAUCACAGAUAAGGAAACAGCUAUCUCUUCAAGAUAUUAUUUCAUAAAAGUAGGAUCAUUUAUAAGCUUUGCUCUGAUGCUCAUUGGAUUUCUAUACAUAGGGAAGAUAAAGAUAAGGAAAAAGCGUUCAUCAGAAGAAUCAGAACCAUUGCUAAGGAAAAACCGGAAAGAAUAUAUUGAAAAAUACAAAGAACAUGUUCGGAGUACAUCUAACUCAAGUUCAGAAGAGGAACGUGGAAAAGAUGAUUUUAUAUCUAGAACACUUUUAAUUCCUGAGUGGAGAACAAUGGAUCCAUUUGAGAAAAUGGAUCAAAAUAUUUUGUUAUGUAGGAAACGGGACACAUUACCAUCAGAGGAACUCUUCACUAAAGAAAAUAUGGUGCUGUCUUCUAAGAGGAUGCUACUAGCAGGAGAGGCUGGCAUAGGAAAAAGCUAUUUCUCAAAAGGAUUGCAGAAGAAGUGGGCUUUUAGGGAAAAUCACAUGCACUAUGAAUGUGUGGUGUAUUUUACUUUCGCUGAGCUGAAGGCUAUUAAGAAACCAACGAGUGUAAAGGAACUUCUGAUAAAUAAGUGUAAGGAUCUUGAAGAUGUUCUUCCAGAACUUCUAGAAUCAGGCAGACUUCUUAUUAUAUUUGAUGGAUAUGAUGAAUUUAUUGUUAAUAAGGAAAAAAAUGCCAUAAAAAAUGCAAUUGACAAUGAUACACCACUUCCUAUAGAAAAUCUAGUUUUAAGUAUUUUGCGCAAAGCCCUUCUUCCUAACACAGACAUCCUUGUAACAUCACGACUAAAAAGUGAAAAUGUAGAGAAAACUGGUGAAUAUUUCGAAAGAACAUUUAUAAUGCAAGAAUUUACAGAUGACCAGAUUAAGCAGUUCUACAAGAAGUUCUGUUCGGAUGAGAUAUCCCAAAGUAUCUACCAUUUUAUAGAAGAACAUAACUUGUCCAGUUUAGUCUCAAUCCCACUCUUAAGUAGUGCUCUGUAUGAGCUUUCCAAAAAUCAAGGCUUGUGUAGUCCUAAUUUACAGAGAUUAGCCACACGCAGUGAAAUGAUGUCCUCCCUUCUAAAGGUUUGCUUGGCGAAUGCAUUGUCCCAUGAGAGUGAAAGCACUGAACCAUGCUGUGUAAUGAAAAUGCAGAGCACCAGCAGCAACCUUCCAUCCAAAAUUAAAAUCAUGGUUGAGAACAUGUCUGAAUUGUCCUACAAUAACCUACUUGCUGGUGUAGAGGAGAUCAAUGUGCAAGAUCUGGGAGAAGGCUGUGUGCAUACUCAAAGACUACUGGAAAGUUUUUCAGAGUUCUUUUUCAAGCGGACCAGUAAUACUGGUCUUUUACAGUACAGACAUACCAGCAUCAGAGACAUGUUUGCAGCAUUACACUGUGCAUGGACAAUAUGUAACUCCGAGGGAAUCCUUGAAUGUUUAGAUGCAUGGACCUGGGGGAAUAUCCCAGAAAGACAAAGCAGAACACACAUUCUGCUCCAAAGUACAAAUAUGAAUCAAAAUAUUGUUUUUGAUAAUUUUCUAAAUUUCUUCAUGGGUUUUUUUAUGUAUUCCAAUAUGGAUAGUCUGUACACUAGUGGAAGGAAUCUCCAGAGAGUGCCAUAUUUAGAAAUGUACUUUGAAGUGUGGAUUAAGAAAGAACCUUCUUCUGCAAAACUACUCAACCUUUUCCAUUGCAUCUAUGAGCUCCAAGAGAAUAGUCUUACUGGACACUUAUCCAGUAUGUUCACAUCAGUGAAUUUGUUUAACACUUCGCUAAAUGCUCUGGAUAUCAGAGCUAUGCACUAUAGCUUGGAGAAGUCAAAGUUAGAAGAACUCAACCUAACAAUGUGUGAUCUUAGGAAUGAACAUUUAAACCAAUUGCAGACCGUCAUAAGGAAUUCUACAUAUGUAAAUUUAAGCUCAAACAUGUUGACAAAGGAAUCAGGGCUAAUACUGAAAAGUAUUCUUGAACAUUCAGACUGUGAGAUAAAGGAACUUUUCCUGGCAGUCAAUAAACUGGGACCAUCAGGUGUUAAUAACCUCUGGGAAGCACUUAAAACAAACACGUCAGUGGAGAAAUUAAAUGUAUGUGACAAUGAAUUACAAGAUAAAGGAACAGAAAACAUGGUGUCCAGUUUAUGUGCAAACAAAACACUGAAAAAACUCAUACUGUGCAUGAACAACUUUAAUAGUAUUGGAAUGAAAAACAUUAAGGAAUUAAUGCAGAAGAGAAGCGAUCUUAAGGUUGUGAUUAGAAUAACUGAAGAUGACGAAUUCUUUAAGUAUGUGAAAGGCCAAGUUGACAGUUUAAAAUCUGAUGGCUGGAAAAAAUAUCAAAAGUAUUGGGUUCAUCACCUUCUCAAAAUUGUGCAGCAAGAUCUCCGUCAUGUGGAUCACAGUAAAGAUGUGACUUUAUUAAAACGCUCAAUCAGAGAUAUUAUUCAGUCAAUGAAACAUGCAGAACAGAAGCAAGUCUGUAUGUCAUAGACAUUUUGGGUAUUUGAUAACACAAUGAAUUAUCUAUUUAACUACUUACCUAAUAUGGAUGUGAAGCAGAGUAUAUUCCUAAUGUGUUCCCUCUGAGCGUCAAGGUUCCAAUAACAUGUUUUGAUUUAUGUAUUGGAUAAUUAAGUCUGCAUGAGGAAAAUCCUGAAUGAUAUUUCCAUGCACACUAAAGGGCAGUGGUGGCUAGACCACAGAGAAGUUAACUCUACUGCAUUGAAAUCCAAAAACCAUCAUUCAAUCUAUACGUUGAUAUAUCCAUGUCCCCAGAUUGGCAGUCUCAACAAUUGAAAUAGUUAGAGAUUAUUAUUUAUUAAUAGUGGCUAAAAGAAAAAAAAUAAAUAAAUAGCUUUGGUGAGGAAAUCUCAAGUUCAAUAUUUACUAAAUAUUCCAUAGAUAGGAAUCUAGAUAGGAAUUCAUAAUUAAAUGUUAAAAUGUAACUCAGGCCUAUCUAUUCACCAAAAUCCUAAUUUGAUAUAACAUUAGACAAAUGUGAUUAGUAUAU